CGGACAUGAGCGGUUUCUUGUAAGAUUGACCCCCUCAAGCACUCUUUCAAUCUUCUAUCACCUGUCAACGGCCCCACGGUUUCACGUGCUCAACUAUCAAAUCCCUAGACGUUUUUAUAUUAGAAGUCGCAAUGCUCGUCCAGACUCUUGUCCUCCUCGCCGCGCCGGUCACCCUAGCUGUGACACCGCUGGCGCGUUCCGGCUUGCCGAAGAGCUUUGCUCAAAGUAAGCUUCUCAAUACUUUCGCUACUUGCGGAACUGGCUAUACCAAAUGUGAGAACGGUUGUAUGCCCAUCGGCGAUAUCUGCUGCAACGACAACACCGACGAGUACUGUUUGGAGGGCUACUAUUGUGUGCCGAACGCAUGCUGCCCUGAAGGAGAGACAUGCGAUGGUGCCAGCGACGAUGAGGCCGAGUGUGGUGUAGGAGAGACAGAAUGUGGUGACUUGUGCAUGCCGUUAGACGGAACCUGCUGUUCUGAUGGACUUCACUACUGCCCUGACUUUGGCACAUGUACUUCCGAUGGGUACUGCUGUGACCUCGGCGACGAUUGCGACAGCGACUCCUCCAAUUUGACCUCCGCUUCAGAUGAUGACUUCACGUCCACCACUAGCCGCACAACAACGAAGACGACCACAACCACGAGCACCAGGGACGAGGAAACCACGUCGUCCUCUACUACUAGGAGCCGCACAACUUCGAGCUCGUCGAGCUCGACAACUAGUGUCGACUCUAACGUCGACACACCCAUUACCUCCACCCCCGGUGCUGUUACUACCACUGUUUCCCAGCAAGCCGGUGGUAUCUUCACUGCCGACGGUAGGAUCGCUGCCGGUCUUGCUGUCGUUGCCGCGUUGAUGGUUUAAAAAUAAUCGAUUAUGGGUGGAUAUAAUUAAUGGGGAUUUGGAUUCUUGUCAUAUACUUUUCGGUUGAUAUGGUGCAGAUAGCGAUGCGGAUAUACCAUUAGCGAGCAUAAUGA